AGCUGACACUAACUUGUUUUCGUUUUGUUAUGUUUUAUCGCAAAAAUGUACGACACAGAACUAUUUAAAUAUUGAUAAAACUGUAAAAAGGUGAUUACUCCCUAAUUAGUGGCAAACAAGAUUAGCGCAAAAAGAAAAGCGAAGAAAACUUUUAAAACAAACAGCAACUCAAUUAUAUGCUAAACAGCGAAAAAGGGAGAAUUAGGAAGCAGUGUGUACAAAAAGUUGGUUUUCUUCAGAAAGUAGAGCUACGUAAAAAGAAUGUGCGAAUCCAAUUGCUUUACACUUUUGAGGGAUCCUGGAUCUUAUAGACCAGACACUAUUGACUUAAAUAAAGACAAAGAUGCCGCUUCAUAUUGGUUCCCUUGUUUUCGAGAUUUAAUUGCAAAAUUUGCGACUCAAGCUGCAGAAAGUCAAUGCCAAACCGACGGUACUGCCAUAGAGCGUGCGGAAAAUUUUCGGAAAUCUUAUCUGGAAAAAUUGGAUGAGUACCAAAGAAAAAUAGAAAAUAAUGCAACUAAUAAUAUUGUGCUCGGUAUACGCGAGUUGCUUGAAUUAAAUGAGACACAACUGCGCUUGUUUGGCUUCCCCGAUCCUUGGCACCAACAAAAGCAAUUGGAAAACACUGCUGCCAUUGCAGCCUUAAAGAAGCGUUUUGAAGAGUUGGAUGAUAUCGAUGAUAAUGCACUGCGUUGGACAGAGUUGGUUCGUGGAGUGCUGGCUGGAAACAUGUUUGAUUGGGGCGCGCAAGCUGUGACAAGCAUUUUGCAGCAGGAUUCAAAUUUUGGAUUACAUGCAGCGUUAGAUCGUAUAGAAAAGCGACCAUGGCUUAUUGACAAUUUGGAUGCUUGGUUAGCGCGUAUGUGUGGCAAUGUACAUAAGUGUGCGCUCAUUUUCGUAGACAAUAGUGGCGUCGAUGUGGUGUUGGGCAUAUUGCCCUUUGUGCGAGCAUUGUUACAACGCGGCACUAAAGUACUGUUAUGCGCUAACACCGAACCCUCAUUGAAUGAUGUGACUAGCCGUGAGCUAGCUAACUUGUUAGAUAAUUGCUGUACACAAUGCAGUGUUUUGGAGCAAGCGUGGCAAGAGCAACGUUUACUAGUCUAUGCAAAUGGACAACGGGGUCCAUGCUUAGAUAUGCGCACCUUACCAACGGAACUGUGCGAGGCCAUACAGAAACAUGAGACUGAUUUGUUGGUAAUUGAGGGUAUGGGACGUGCACUUCAUACAAACCUCUAUGCGAAAUUCAACUGUGAGACGCUUAAAUUGGCUGUCAUAAAAAAUAAGUGGCUUGCAGAACAUUUGGGCGGUGAUACGUUUGCGGUUAUUUGCAAAUACGAAGGUGCCAGCUAGUUAAUGCUACCUAAUUUGUACUGCUGUUUAAUUUGAGAUUUUUUGAUUACAUGUAUUAAGUAAGAUCCAGCGAUGAGUAAGGUCUGAGUCAAUAA